UGCGCGGCGCUCUGCGCUGGGGCGUUGCUGGGAGACAUCUGCCGACGCCUGUGGCGGGGACCGGGCGACAUGGCGGCGGCGGCGGCGCUGGCGCGGCUCGCAGCGGCCUUCCUUCUCCUCGCGGCCCAGGUGGCCUGUGAGUAUGGCAUGGUGCACGUGGUAUCUGAGACCGGUGGCCCCAAAGGCAGAGACUACUGCAUCCUCUACAACCCACAGUGGGCCCACCUGCCGCAUGACCUCAGCAAAGCGUCUCUCCUGCAGGUGCGGAACUGGACCAGCUCCGUGCUCUGCUCUCCUGCUGACCUCCCCCCCAAAGGCUUCAGCAACCAGAUUCCGCUGGUGGCACGGGGGAACUGCACCUUCUACGAGAAAGUGCGGCUCGCCCAGGGCAGCGGGGCCCGCGGGCUGCUCAUUGUCAGCAAGGAGGCGCUGGUACCCCCGGGAGGCAACAAGACACAGUAUGAGGAGAUUGGCAUUCCCGUGGCCCUGCUCAGCUACCGAGACAUGCUGGACAUUUUCCAGACUUUCGGCCAGGCAGUGCGGGCGGCGCUACAUGCCCCCAAGGAGCCCAUGCUGGACUACAACAUGGUCAUCAUCUUCCUCAUGGCCGUGGGUACCGUCGCGCUCGGGGGCUAUUGGGCCGGGAGCCGGGAUGUCAGGAAGAGAUACAUGAAGCACAAGCGGGAUGAUGGGCCCGAGAAGCAGGAGGACGAGGCUGUGGACGUGACGCCUGUCAUGAUCUGCGUCUUCGUGGUCAUGUGCUGCUCCAUGCUGGUGCUGCUCUACUUCUUCUAUGACCAGCUUGUCUAUGUCAUCAUUGGCAUCUUCUGCCUGGCCUCCUCCACCGGCCUCUACAGCUGCUUGUCACCGCUCGUGCAGAGGCUGCCGUUCUGCAAGUGCAGGGUCCCCGACAACAGCCUGCCCUAUUUCCACAAGCGCCCUCAGGUCUGCACACUGCUCCUGGCGCUGCUGUGUGCGGCCGUCAGCGUGGUGUGGGGCAUCUUCCGGAAUGAGGACCAGUGGGCUUGGAUCCUUCAGGACGCGUUGGGCAUCGCCUUCUGCCUCUACACCUUGAAGACCAUCCGCCUCCCCACGUUCAAGGCCUGCACACUGCUGCUGCUGGUGCUGUUCAUCUACGACGUCUUCUUCGUGUUCAUCACGCCCUUCCUGACCAAGAGCGGGAACAGCAUUAUGGUGGAGGUGGCGACCGGGCCUUCGGACUCAGCCACCCAUGAGAAGCUGCCCAUGGUGCUGAAGGUUCCCAGACUGAACGCCUCACCACUGGCCCUGUGUGACCGCCCCUUCUCCCUCCUGGGCUUCGGGGACAUCCUGGUCCCAGGGCUGCUCGUGGCCUACUGCCACCGCUUCGACAUCCAGGUGCAGUCCUCCAGGGUCUACUUCGUGGCCUGUACCAUCGCCUAUGGCAUCGGGCUCCUGGUGACGUUUAUGGCGCUGGCCCUCAUGCAGCGUGGCCAGCCCGCCCUCCUCUACCUCGUGCCCUGCACGCUCGUCACCAGCUGUGCCCUGGCGCUCUGGCGCAGGGAGCUGGGCGUGUUCUGGACGGGCGGCGGCUUAGCGAAGGACCUACCUCAGUCGCCCUGGGCGCCCGCCCCCGCCGACGGCCCGCAGCAACCCCGUGCCGACCCCGACGCCGCCCCCGCCCCCGCCCCAGGCCGGGAAACUCCUGGCGAAGACGCGGUCCCAACCCCUCCGCCGGCGGAGCAGACCCCAGAACCGUCUGCGCCCGAGAAGGAGCUCGAGGCAGACGCGCCCCCCCAGGAACCCGAACGCCUCUCGGCCCCAUCCGGCCCCUCGGCCUAGGGGAGGGUGCAGACUCGGCGCCGCGCCCCCGGACUGGACCCGCGCGGCCCCCAACUUGGUGCUCUGGUCUGGCCGAUGCGCACGUCCUCCUCCAGCCCGCCGGCCGCACCCCGGCCCCCAGCCCUGCUCCGAGCUCGCGUGGCCGUGAAGCCCCCGGCCGGCAGAGGCCACCCCCACGCGCGAUCCACCUCCUGCGCGGUGGUGUCCUGGGGAGGGCAGAGCGGCACCCCCGCCGGUGGCCUCAGACAUGCCCAGUUUGGUGCUUACCCCGCUGCUGCUUCCCUGGGGUCGGGGGCGGGAGAGGGAGGGGCUCUGGUCCGCAGGGCCCCCGGGGCUUGGACUGGGGCUGUCGCUGGUCCGGUGGGGUUGGGCCCCAGCGGUGAGCGCACAGCCCCUGUGCUCCAGCUCCUCCAUGUUUUAAUAAAUGGCCACGGCUUUUUGAGAUCUUGGUAGUGUCGCCUCUUGGGGUGCGAGCCCCUCGGACUGCUCCUCCGAAGCAGGGGGGUGGCUGGCGCCAGGCCGGUGGCCCUAUUUUGCCUUUCCGCUUAGAGGAACUCGGCCCCCACCCUUGCCGCGGUCACCUGCACGUUCAGCACCCCAUCAGUGCACGCACCUGGGCCUCCAGCUACCCCGGGCGGGCGGAGAGCUUCCGGAAUGUGGGAGGGGGGCUCUGGAACUGGCUUACGUCUUCUACCUCACAGACAGGGUUCUCUGAACCUCAGGACGGAGAUGCCGCCGCCCCCACGUCGGGCUGGCCAGGGAGCCACCGCCCGGACAGGCAUCCGGGGCUGUGACCGCCAGGGCCCCGGCCUACUCCUUCACGUCCACGACGAGAGGCGAGGCCCAGACCCUUCGACCGCACGCUGGCUCCGCGUCCCUCCCGUCCCGCCGGUCUCCAAACCAUGAUCCAUUCCAAUUGAUACCAGCGCCAGACUCACGUCUCAGCCACGCCUCCGAGGAAGAAACCAUGUUUGUUUCUGAAAAAAAAAAAAAAAAAACCAGAAGACGUCUACCACCUGUUUCUGUGUUUCCUAAGAAGAACAGGUGACCCCGCGGUUGGGUUGGGGUGGCGCAGCUGGACCUGCCCCGCCCCACCCCACGGGAGCCCCUGGCCUCGGAGGCGGGACGGGGAGGCAGCCACCGGGCAGGGGGGGAGGGGAGGGAGGGUCCGAGCGGACCCCGUCCUUCCCGGAGGACCACGCCUUCCUGUAAGCCAUUUUGUACGUCGUCAAUGUUCGAACGCGGAUGGCAUUUCUCUCUUUUUUUUUUCCUGUUUCUGAAGUUUGACAAAUGUCAAGGAAUUCAAAGCGGGAUAUUAGUUCCUGAAGUUUCCAUUUGCAGUUUCUGCCUUGCUUCUGUUUGAAUCUUGUAAUUAAACACAGCUUUUGAUAUUUAU